GGUUCUCUGCGGAUGAAAAUAAGGCAAUUUAAAUACUGUUUACCAAUCGCCUCUAUUACGACUCCAUUUUGCCAUGUAACGUUCUUUAUCUCUAAUUUGAUUCUUGUGGCACUACCACAUUAAUAAAAAUAAAUCGUAACGAAUACUGUUCAAGAAAACAAGUUUGCAUUCCUUUAAAAAUUUUCAUUUCUGCUUGGAAGGAUUUGGAUCUGAGAGUUGAUAUGAUAUAGUAUACGUGUGUGUGUACUACCACUCUAGCUUUCACUAUUGAUGAGAAAAAAAUGGUUUUCUCUGACUGAAUAUUAAGAAGGCUUGAUUAUCAUUUCUUCUGUGGUCAUGGAAAAUUAUAGACCUUCAAAGAGAAAAAUUAAGAAUCCAAAUAUAUGUGUAAAAAAGAAAGCCAUGUUCAGUCUGAAACAAGUAGAUUGUGAUUCUAACAUUUCAUUUUUAAACACCAUGGUGAGCAAUACUCCAGGAAGCUCAUAUUCUGUGAAACAUACUCAAAACUUUGUAAAGACUUUUGGAAGAAAUAAUUCAGAUAUUGGGUGUAAGCCCACUGAGCACGUUAGAAGGAAAGAUGAUGCUGACAAGUCUAGAUGCCUCAAGAUAAUAGAUUUGCCAUCUAAAAUUAUGGAGCGUAUUUUGAGAUAUCUUCCCUUUGACAACAUAGCAAAACUUCGAUUAGUUUCAAAAUAUUUCAAUAAAGUUUGCUCUAUGAUGUUAAGUUCUGAAUUUUUUCGUUUGCGAGCUUUCAUGUUCCACAGGCUUCAAACUAUAAAAGCACAAAUGCCAAGAAGAGAAUCAGCUCGGCGAAAACAUCCAUUGGCAAGAGAAAAUGAAAUCAUUGAAGCAUUGCAUGCAAGAUUGUCCUUACUGCAUAUGACAUUUGGCAAUCAUAUUGAAAAAAAUCAUUGUUGUUUUUUCCCUGGAGAAAUUAUUGAUGAAGUCUAUAGAAUAUUAAAGUUUAUAAGAAAUACUUCCAACUUAAAUGAAGUAUAUAACAUAACUGAUGAGCUUUUUGACUUAUCUACUAUGGCUAUGGAAUACUUCAAAGAGCACAUUGAGCCUGCGUUACCAGGAAUUAAAUAUUUUGUAACUGACCUUCUUGAGUGUCCCUCUGUAAAUAUAUUAUCAAGAACUUCCUCAGCUAAAGCACUGAUUGCAAAAUCAAGUGCUUGCAAAGUACCUGUUCAUCAAAAGAGUAAUUCUUUUUCAACAUUGAAAGAGCAUAUGAUUAGUACAUAUAAGCUUGCUAAAAGGUAAAAACUGUGAAAAAAAAUUGAUUUCUGUCAUUUAUUAUGUUAAUACAUUGAUAUUUCAUUUAUUCCACAUCAUCAGUUACCAUUUGUAUAUCAUUUGAUCAUCAGUUAUGUUUGCUUUAAAACAGACAGUAAAUACUGUUGCAUGCAUACGGAUUUAUAAUGGAUUGAAUGCACAGAGAACUAGCACAUAU